AUGCGUAGGAGUGAGUCCGUACCUAUUCGCUGUGAAAUGAUGAACAAGUGGGACACUAAUCGCAUUCACACCCUAUUAUUCGCCAAAGGCCAUAAACCUCCAUUGUGGUUGAUUGGAGAGUGUGCUAACGUGUGUGAUGCCGAAAUGAUCGAUGUUUCUCAACGAAUGGAGAAGAGAAAUUUCAAAGAAAAUGAACGACAGUUGGAAUGCACAGUGGAGAUUACUGCCACGCAAUCACCUUCAUCUGACCAAAGACGAAAAUCGAGCUUGGUAUCCUCCAAAACACCUGACAUCAAAAGAGUGUUCUAUAAUAAGCAGGCUCAGGAUUGGACAUACCAAACUGACCCAUCUCCACCUACUUCUUGGCUUACAUCGACCAACAUGUGA